AGGACCCUGACCCCAAGAUGGCGGCGCCCAGCGAAGUGGCUGCGGCUGCCUCCGGAGAAGGCGAUGGCGGGGGCAGUGGCUUUGGGUCGUGGCUGGACGGACGGUUGGAGGCGCUGGGAGUGGAUCGAGCCGUUUACGGUGCCUACAUCCUGGGUGUCCUGCAGGAGGAGGAGGAAGAAGAGAAGCUGGACGCUCUGCAGGGUAUCCUCUCUGCUUUCUUGGAAGAAGAUUCUCUUCUAAACAUCUGCAAGGAGAUUGUGGAACGAUGGUCGGAAAGUCAAAAUGUCGUCACCAAUGUGAAAAAAGAAGGUAGAGUUGGGAGUUUGUCUCCUCCAGCAGCUAAGGAUCUCACAGGAGCUCUGAACAAUCUUGAGACUUCUGAAGAUGACUGUUGGGUUGGGAUGUGCCGGCCUUUGCUUUCCGUCCGACUUUCCUUAACGACGCUCACCGAAGCAGCUGAGAAGGAUGACUCAUGUGCCACCACAAUGAACAUUGGUUCUGAUAAAUCUCUGUUCCGAAACACCAAUGUGGAAGAUGUCCUCAAUGCCCGAAAACUGGAGCGAGACUCGCUUCGGGAUGAGUCCCAAAGGAAGAAGGAACAGGACAAGCUGCAGAGGGAGAGAGACAAACUAGCCAAGCAGGAGCGCAAGGAAAAGGAAAAGAAAAGGACACAAAGAGGGGAGCGGAAGCGAUAACCUUGGUCCACUCUGUUCUUUCUCCUCAUGGACUUGAUCAAAGGGAGAAGUGAUUGUGCACAUGUGUAUUUAAGAGAAGUGAGAGAACAUUGCAGAGUGGUUUCCCAAGGCAUUUCCCUUUUGUUUACAUGGUCAAAAGGAAAAUCACAAACACUUCUAAUUACAAAAUGUGCCAUGUCUCUGUGGUGUGGGUAAUCAGAUUAUUGUGGUUGAUGUCUGUACCAAAGAUCUGGAAUGGGGGCAACUUUUAUAUUUUAAUACUGAAGUCCUGGCUCCUUUUGGCCACUUUAGAAGUCUUCCCUCACCUAGGAUAAAUAACAGAAGUAUUCAGAAAGCAGACAGUUACAGUUUUCAUCCUGAAGGAGCAGAAUCAUGACCACUCCUUUUCUGAGGUGAAAUGUGGGAGCAUAAAGUACUUUGAAAGUAGUAGUUACCUCUUACUGUAUUGUUUUAUGGAUGAAAUAGAAAGCUAAUGAAGAGCCUACCUGGAUCCAGAUAUUAUGUCAACAUGGCAACAAACUAUGAAAAUGGAAGAAAUGAUGUGGUAGAUGUUCUAGAUUUGAGAUUUUUUUUUAAGUUUCAGCCUAUGGGAGGAAAAGAAGUAUCUUUUUAAGUAGAGAUAGUUACAUAUUUUUCCUCAUCCAGGCUGUGAUUUUAAAGAAGGAUGUGUAUUGGGUGGAAGGAUAUCAUUGAUAGCUAGAUUCACUUUUUAUAAUCAUGAGCCCUCUUGACUGCUAGUAGAGAUUUUAAUCCUGGUCUGCCCUAAAACAUAAGUAUAAAGAUGUGAUAAUUACAGUUUGGAAGAAACUGCAGGAACCAUGCAUCUAAGGAAGAAACACUGGAAAUCUCUGCUAACACAAAGAUAUUUAAGAGUGUACAUUGUGUGUACUCAACAAAUUUAAUGAGUGGAAAAACCUGGGAGAGUCAAAAGUGAGCAGGAACUCUCCAUUUCUACUUUUGUCACAAGCCACAUUCAAUUGUAAAUAAGGCCUUUACUUCUGGCAGCAGACUUGUCAAGAAACCCGAAGGGAGCAAUCUCCCUGACAAGACAGAAAAUAGGUAUUUUAUACCUGAGUUUGGCAAACUACUGCAGGCUAGGAAAUUUGGCGCGGUUUGUUUUUGUAUGGUGCAAGUCAGCAAGGGAUUUUGCAUUUUUAAAGGCUUGUAAAAGAAGGAAUAUGUGACAGAGACCUUUUGUGGCCUGUGAAACCUAAAAUAUUUACUGUCUGGCCCUUCAGAGAAAAAGUUUGCUGACCUGUUUUAUACCAUUAACUAAGAGGUUAACAAAAAAUUCUUACCUUUGUGCAGAAGGUAAAAAGCAUGGUUAAGGAAAAGAUGUGUCACCUCUAUACACUCCUAUAACCGUGGCAUUGCAUUUUAAAAAAGUAACCAUCUUUUAAAAAAAAAUAAACUAUUUAAA